AUGACAAAGAGGGCAAAAUGUUUAAGGGCUAAAUCAUUUUAUCUGAAUGAGGAUAUCUGUUUCGACUCUUUGAUAACGAUCUACUAUUUACCGAAACUAACAUUUAGCUUUUACAUUCUAGCUUUCUCCUACCUGCUGGAUCCGCGCACAGCGGCCAUCAAGAUCGUCGACCAGGCUGAAGUGAAUAAUAAUGAAUAUUGUUACUCUUGUGUUAAAAUCGACAACAUCUGCUACAAGCACACCUACUUGUUCGAGCUCCCCGCUCCCUUCGGUGAGCAAUACCCCAUCAUUGAAAAAAUUGGCGUCGUGAACUUUACUAACGUUAUAUUCUUCACUUUCGAACCAAAUCCCAGUGAUAAGGAGUACUCCAAAGUUGGCUACAUAUCGUUAUACCAUCCCGAAUUUUCUGGCGUCAUCUCUGGCUCACAAUCUUUCAACUUUCGUCCCUUUGACAUAGAUCAAAGAGAGAAAAAAGUAUAUCUAGGUGGUUCCGACGGUAUAUGGGUUGUUGACGAUAUCAACUAUUCUCCAACAUAUUUUACCGUGAAGGCGAAUCUCAUUACUAACGUAGUUGUAAAGGACUAUGUGUAUUUUACUGCGUACAAUCGGAAAGGAAUAUUUAAAUACGUUGCCGGGUAUUAUGUUGUUUAUUUAGCAGAUAAAAUGAUAAAUAAUUUUGUUUUAGAUGUCGAGUAUAACAUUGUGUAUUUAACUGUUAAUGGAUUAUUUAUUUCAUUUCAUAAUAAAAUGCAGAAUGAUGUACAAUUAUCAACGGAACCGUGGAUGAGAGGUUUGACUGUUGAUACGAAAGGAACAGUAUACGCCUGGCAUAUAAAUGGGAUAUAUAAAGUGACUGUAGGCAAAGUUCCUUCCGAGUCUACAUUGAAACGUAUUACUCGUAUUGCUCCCGAUGCGAUGGCGUUUGAUGAGUCAAAUAACAUCAUAUAUUCGAUCAGAAAAAAGUUGUACAAGUUGACGAAAGUUGCUACCAGUAAGUGUUUUGGUAGGUAA